AGGAUCAUGUUAUAAUAACCACUGGUUAGCUGUGCAGCCAUCAUUUCUUCAUAGAGUACCAGUGACCACAACAGCCAAGUGAAACUUAAAGCCACGAGCGAAAGUUUUGGAAAAUAUCCCGUCUUCCAGCUUGCUAGCUGCCUCGCGAAUAAGAUUAUAAUAUAUGUUGAUAGAUUAAGAUGGAAACAAAGAGUACUGUCUUUUCUGCUGCUGUUCCUGUUCCUGAAUUGCUUGACAAACAUAAUUAUGAGAAAUGGGCGAUUCUGGUACGAACCUACUUGGAGGGUCAAGAUCUUUGGGAGGACAUCAUUGACGAUAACGAAAACGCAACAGCAGCACCUUCUCAGAAUGAAAAUGAUGAUGGAGAUGCUAUUAAGGUUCGGAGGAGGAGGAACUUCAUGGCUUUACAUGUGAUCCAGACUUCAUGCGGGCCAGACGCCUUUUCCAAGAUUAGCACAAUUCGUUCAGCCGACACUGCUUGGCAAACUUUGAAAAGGAAGUAUCUUCCAGCUGAUACGGGCGACAUUGACAAUAGCUAUCUUCAGUAUGCGGACUUGUAUAGGGCAGUGCUUGAGGGUAACUUGAUUGCUGCAAAGGACUUUUUUGUUUCUCAACCAGAGGCAGUAAGAAAGGCAAUCACAUAUAAAGGCGAAACGGCUCUUCACAUUGCUGUUACUGCUGGACGUGACGCAAUAGUCGAGGAGUUGGCGCGUCGAAUGUCGGUAGAAGACUUAGAAAUUGAAGAUGGUGACGGUUACACAGCUCUAAUGAAGGCUCUUGUGUAUGGAAGAUCCAAACUGGUGAGCCAUUUGUAUCCUUCCAUUUCGUGGAAUCAUGAUCUGGUGCUUGCAGAAAAAGUUCGCAAAGUAGCUAAUCUUCUUACCCGUGCAAUAUAUACCACAAAUUUGGAUCUUGCUUUAGAUUUAAUCAAGAAAUAUCCAAGUUUGACACUUGCUCUUGACGACCGUGGCGAGUCCCCCUUCUUAGCAUUGGCUUCUGUGCGCCCCGCAUUUCGGAGUGGAAAGCGGCUCGUGUGUUGGAAAAAAUGGAUCUAUUUCGGUAUGCACAUUGAUCAACCGGCUCCUUCAACUAGCUCUGAAAUUCGUUUGAGCAUUCCCAACAUUGAAAAUGGCCGCCAAUGCAAUCAAGUUGUAACGAUCGAAUUGGUGCCAGCAGUACUGUUUCGCCAUCUAGUUUCAGUAACUGUCCGCAAGUAUUUGCUGGUGCCAGCAAAAUCAAUUAUCAGCAAUUUGUUGGGAAUCAAACAAUUAUAUGACAUGAAGAAGAUCCAUACCCAAUCCAAAGUUCUUCUUUCCUGCAUGUGCAAGGAGAUACAAGCAUCAUUAAUACAUACUGGCGGUCAACUUGAAAACAUUGGUGGGGUUUAUGAUGCAAUCAACCGUGCUGUCAGGAAUGGGAUUCCUGAGUUUGUUUAUGCGGCAGUGGAGCUCGAUCCAAGAUUUCUGGAGAAUAAAUAUAACAAUUCGAGGAACCUACUUAUGCUUGCUGUUCUCUAUCGUCAUUAUAAGAUCUUUAGGCAUAUAUGGAACCUUGAUAUGAAGAACAUUUCGGCAUCUUAUGUAGAUCGCAGCGACAAUAACUUGUUACAUAUGACAGGGAUGACGGAAGAUUCUACAAUAUUUAAUCAAAUCUCUGGUGCAGCUUUACAGAUGCAAGGAGAGUUACAAUGGUUUAAGGGGGUGGAGAGAAUUAUCAAUCCUAAGAUCAAAGAAGCAACUAACAAAGAUGGUUUAACUCCCCGAGAACUAUUUACAAAGAAUCAUAAGAACAUGAUGGAAAAGGGAGAGAAAUGGAUGAAGGAUACAUCAUCAUCAUGUACAGUGGUGGGUGCUCUGAUUAUUACUAUUACAUUCGCUGUAGCUUUUACGCUUCCAGGUGGUAAUGACCAAACUUCAGGCUUUCCAAUAUUUUCAAAGAAAACAUUGUUUAAGGUCUUUAUAAUAUCCGAUACAUUGUCUCUUUUUUCUUCUUCAACUUUAGUGUUGAUGUUUUUGGGAAUCCUCACAUCACGUUAUGCAGAAGAAGAUUUUAUUGUGUCUUUGCCGAGAAAGAUGAUAAUAGGUCUUUCCACUCUUUUCUUCUCUAUUGCGGCCAUGAUGGUAGCCUUUUCUGUUACUCUUUUAAUCAUCCUAAAUGAGCAACUCCUGACUGCAAUUACUCUCAUUUGUUUGGCUGGUGUUCCAGUCACCUUCUUCAUAUGGAUUCAAUUCCCCAUUCUUAAAGAUAUGAUCAAGUUGACCUGCUUUUCCCCCAACUUCAAUCGGAAGAUGAAGCUUGAUUUUAACUAAUCAAUCGUACAACAUGGUGUUUUGCAAUAUAAACUUAAGAUCUCUUUGGUGGCAAUGGAAGAGAUUGCAUGCUUGUACUUUGAAGCUACUAGGAAGAAGACUUCAAGUUCGUGCCAAUCAAAAGAAUUAGAGAGGUUCAUAACUUCCUUCAUUAUCUCACGAGUUUAAGGGCUUGAGAGAAAAUUUAGAGAUUUCUCUCGUUUGGUAGAAGUCUUUGUUUAGUGUGUUUGUAAGACUUGGAUGUAUUAAGAUUUUACAUUUUUGUGUUUUUUGUUAUCACUACUAUUUUUAACUCCAUUGUUUAGUUAGUA